AUGCAGAACCUUACAGCUCGGAUUUGUUGGGAGCUGGUGAAGAAAGAGGGAUAUCUUGCUAUAUGGCAGAAGCCUUUGAAAAACUCUUGCUAUCUUAGUCGCAGUCCUGAAGUUCAACCUCCACUGUGUGAUCCAGAGGAUGAUUCAAAUGGUGUCUGGUAUGCUGAUCUCAAAGCAUGCGUCACUCAACUCCCUGAUGGUCCUGGUUCCAACGUUACAGCAUGGCCCGCUCGCUUGCAUGAUCCACCACUGAGACUCCAAGGUGUAGGGAUGGAUUCUUACUUAGCCAAAACUGAACUAUUUAGGGCAGAAACAACCUUUUGGAAUUAUAUUGUUGAAGGCUAUAUCCGUAUUUUCCACUGGAAGAAGUUGAACAUGCGUAAUGUUAUGGACAUGAGAGCCGGAUUUGGAGGGUAUAAACUACAUUCUGCUGCCUUUUUUUUCUCUUAGAAGCACCAUUCCCGCCCAUCUUCAAGAACUGCAAAAAAAUCAAAAAAAAAGAAAAGAAAAGAAAAAGAAAAGGCACCAUACCUUAUUUUGGAAUUGAUGUUCAAAGUUUAUAAGAAAUGAGAAAAAUGAAGGGGACUUUAGAUCUCUUUAAAACUAAGCACAAGUUAGCAUCUUUUGAUUAAGGAUGAAUUUCA